CUGAAGCAGCACUGUUUCAAGUACUUCUACUUCCACACUCAUGGGAAAUGGCAAGAUACAACAAUCUAGGUUCACCACCCACAGAACUACUCGUCCAAUUACCAAUUGCCAUUCACAAAGCCGGGACCCUACUCACUAACAACCUCCUCAACGUAUCACCUCCAGCGGAACUGUUCGUCAUUCAUCCAAUAAAUCAGGAUUUCUUCGAUCUCACAGCAGCUGUAAAAUAUCUUAAGAAUUUUGCUUUCCUACUUGAUUGCCAGUCCUACUCGGAUCACUGGGGUCCACUUUCAGCUAAGGAUUUCAAACUUCUGGGCCAAGUCCUAGCUGCUUUCACAAAUACCACAACAUUGGAAGAUUCAAAAUUGUCGCUCAAUGGUCUCUGGGAUGACGAACGUCCACCAGCUGCCAGCCUCGGCUCUAUCAUCAACGUCCGGUCGUACCCCAACCUACGCCACGUGGACUGGAGCGGCCUGUCUAUCCACCUCUCUGAGCUUGAACACGGCAUUCAACUCUUGCGUGAAAGAUCUCCAAUCUCAGCAUUAACCACACGCACCUGCGGUCAGGGACCUGGGCUGAGGCCCUAGACAUCAUGAAAAGUUUUCAUGAUUCUGUUAACGAGUUAUUCCGGCUAGAGCUCAAGUUCCCGUCAGGAGCCGAGUGUGACAAUCUGAGCGAUGAAGAAGAAGACAAGAUUUUUAUGAGAAAUGCGAAUCAUGAGAUGAGUUUGGCGGAGCAGUAUAUUAUGGGAAUAACUAAUUGGAAUCCGCUGAGAGACGAGGAGGUUGAAGACGCGGGAACGGACCCCCUCAAUCAAGAUGGGCCAUAACUUAUUCAUCUUAUGAUGUAUUUUUUCCGUAUUUCUCAUUGUUCUAUUUUACUAAGAUUUGCUUUCCAUGCUUGUACUGAAAGAAUGAGAAGUAUUCCAGUUUUGGCGGGAAACGAGUUUCGGGGCAAGGGAUCUUUCUCAACACCAUAAAUUGACGAAAUCAAUUCAG